GAUACAUAAUGAGUCAAUAUUUUUCCUGCACCAACAGUAAAUACUUCAAAACUUUAUAAAAAUUUAGCACUAUAUGCUAUCAGGUUGAAUGUGCAUCUUUAAAUCAAGAAUUGCAAGAUAUGGAAGCCCGUGCUCGACGUGGACAGAAGAAGUCUACAGAAGAAGCAAACCAAAUAAUUCAGAUACAGGCUUGGCAGGAAGAAGUAGAGCGUGCCCGCCAAGGUCAAAGAGAUGCUGAAAGCAAACUUUCUUUAUUAGAGGCUGAAAUGCAAAAGAUAAGAGUUGAAAUGGCUGCAAUGAAGAGGGAUGCUGAGCACUACUCACGUCAGGAGCAUAUGGAGCUAGAGAAACGCUAUCGUGAACUGACUGAUUUAUUGUACUACAAGCAAACACAACUAGAAGCCAUGGCUAGUGAAAAAGCUGCAGCAGAGUUUCAAUUGGAGAAGGAAGUAAAGCGUCUUCAAGAAGCACAGGUAGAGGUGGAAAGAAGUAGAGUUUCCAGGCGUGCGUCAUCAUCAUGGGAAGAGGACACUGAAAUUAAGGCACUCGAUAAUUCAUGCAGGCCUCUUCCCUUGCAUCAUCGUCACAUGGUUGGGGCAAGCAUACAGUUGCAGAAGGCAGCAAAAUUACUGGACUCAGGGGCUGUCAGGGCAACUAGAUUUCUUUGGCAGUAUCCAACAGCUCGAGUUAUCCUGCUUUUCUAUCUCGUGUUCGUGCAUCUUUUCUUGAUGUAUUUGUUGCAUCGCCUUCAGGAACAAGCGGACAAUUUUGCUGCUAGAGAAGUUGCGGAAUCUAUGGGACUUUCAAACCCUAAAUUACCAUGAUUUGAGAGCUGCUCCAGGCUGGAAGUUAAUACGAGGAAUUCUUGAAAUGCCUGAUUUCAUGUGUGCAAGGGUAUUAACUUUUCUUGCUACAAGCACAGAAUGAAUUGAGAUUGCUCCAUACUUCACAAGGAAUAAAAGUUAUCAUACGGCAACAGGGAUUUCAUCCUGUGCAUCAUUCAAUAUAAAAGCAUAUGAUAAUUUAGUUGGUUCAUAGAAACUGGUACAGGAUGAAGAAGCAAACUAGACCCAAGUGUGGCAGUUAAACGUACAGAUUGCAUCUAGACAUACAAAUGCUGAUAUAGCACUGUUUAAAUCACUUUGUGAUCUACUUGUUAUAACCUUUUGACACGACAUAAUUCGAAUUGGUUAACGAUCCGAACUUCACUUGUGCAUUGUGAAUGAUAAAAUUCUUUCAUUUGUUGUGGCAACAAUAUAUUGCAUGUAAUGCUUCUUGACUUCA